AUGCGCAGACAGCGCAUUCUCCGCAGAUUAACAUUCUACCUCAAGCUUGAUUAUGUUGUUGUGUGGCGGGGCAAAUCGUACUCAAAAUUCGGGCACCGAAAGCCUGAACCCUCGAGGUAG